CUUCGACAUCACGGAAGGAACCGGAUGUUACUCUUUGAGCAGUGAGGCGCGUAGCGUGAGCUAGUAGGACAGCCCGGUUUGUUGGGUUUUCUGUUUCUGUAAUCCCAACAGUAACGUUACUGAUCCAUCAGAGCCUCUGGAUGUCUCCAGACCCGGAUGACUCUGCGCUGUUUACCUUUUUUCCUGAAUGUUUUACCUCGGAAUCAUCUGCCUCUAGCUACAAAGUUAGCUUAGCAUGCUAAGUGACUGGUGGUUUGGAGGUGUUUUGACCGAGUUUGUGUGGAACAAAAAGUCCCUGUGAUUGUGUGAAGAUGUCUAAAGUCCAAAUGCUGAAUGCGUUGGUGAAGCAGCGACUAACCGCGGCUGUUGAAGAGAUAUUUGGGCUGUUUGAGAGAACGAUAGCCGAGUACGAGGAGGAACUGUGUCGGUCGAAAGAGGAGAACGAGCGACAACGGAACCUUCUAGACGCUGAUGUCCAGCAGCUGUCGGUGAGUAAAGAACAGGUUCCCCCUGAGCAGUGGGAGUGGAGCCCCAGUCUGGACCAGCAGCACCCAGAGCCCCCACACAUUAAAGAGGAGCAGCAGGAGCUCUGGGUCAGUCUGGAGAGAGAGCAGCUUCAAGGGCUGGAGGAGGCUGAUAGCACCAAGUUCCCAUUCCCUGUCCGUGUGAAGAGUGAAGAUGAUGAAGAGAAACCUCAGCCCUCAGAGCUUCAUCAAAGACAAACUGAACAGAUGGAAGGAGAAGCUGAUGGAGAGGACUGUGGAGGACCAGAACCAGCCAAGAACUCAGAUCCAGAUAUAGAUUUACAUAUAAAUACUAAAGACCAGACUGGAGACUCUUCAGAACCUGAGAUUGAUUACAGUUAUGAGUGGAAGAAUACCAGAGAAGCUCAGUCAGGUUUAAACUCUUUGGAAAAGAAUGGUGUUCAUGUCUGUCAUUCGAGGUGCAGUAGGCCUGCUUGUCAGAAACCAUUUAUCUGCUCUGAGUGUGGGAGAAGAUUCGGUCGCAAGUCACAUCUGAAGGGCCACAUGAUUAUCCACACAGGACAGAAACCUUUCAGCUGCUCAGUUUGUGCCAAAGCAUUUGGUCGCAAGGCAAAUCUGAAGGUUCACAUGCACUCUCAUACAGGACAGAAACCUUACAGCUGCUCAGUUUGUAAAAAGUCUUUUGCACGGAAUGAUUAUUUGCAGUUACACAUGAGAACCCACACAGGAGAGAGACCUUUCAGCUGCAGUGUUUGUGACCAAAGAUUCACUUGGCAAAAUCAGCUCAAAACCAUCAGUGUGUCUGUUGUCAGUAGACCGAGACUGUGAUUUAAUAACGAUUAAUGGUGUACAUUAAUCGUUAUAAAAUCACAAUCUCGACUCACCCUGUUUUUUGUUAAAUAACUGACUUUUUUUGAAGGACUUCUCAUUUAAUUUUUCGAGCCGACUGCAUCCCAACAUCACACUACUACUUUCUUCUGUGGGUUUUAAACAUAGUCUGUAUAAAAUGGGUUUUAAAGUGCUCCAAGCUCUACAAUGCUCUCCCUUCUCUUCAUUGAAGCCUCUAUGUUUACAGGCUUGUAGUGAUGGCAGUGUUUUUUUUUUUUAUCUCAUCCCUUGGUAACCGCCCAUAU